CCAUUCUUUCUCCACACCAUUCUCUCCGUAUUGCUCAAUUAAAGUUCACAAUUUGGCUGCAGUGGUUAUUUAUUCCGUUCCAUAUUGCUAUUAGUUUUUUAAAAUAGUCCAGCCUAUUCUGUCUGCGGUGAAAACUUUUGCUGUUGAUGUUUACGUUCACGUUGAUAUUUACCUCGAAAUGGUGUUGACGGCACAAACGCUGUAUGAUUCACAAAUUCCUCCUGUUGUUUGUGGCGAAGUGUUAUUUACGUAGAGCGGUAGGGGUUUGUGCAUGUGUGUGCGUCUAAUCGUAUGGCGUGAUGUUGUUGUUAUUAUCGGAUGUUGUUGACGACAUCGCGAAGUCGUUAAGUAGGACCAACCGGGGCGCUAGAAAUUUAGUCUCAGACUCACCAGCGAACAAUACAGAAAUCGUGAAGCACCGAGGCAUCCCUGCUAGCCAGUGAGGACGUGCCCCCAAAUAUAAGAACUGAAAGUGAACAGACAUUAAGCAGAGCAGGACAAGACAGAACUGUAGCAAACGGAUAAAAAGUUGUAUGUGAUUUUAAAACACAUGGUUCGUGAAUAUUGCAAAAGAAAGUGCAUAUCAACAAGUGUUACCCGUUUAGCCAUUUAAAGCCAGUGCCUUUAUCCCAUUUUGUUGGUACCGUGUAGUGUUGUGGUGUAUGCUUAAUUUAGUACACGCCACAAGCACAGAGUGGGAUUGUGUCCAACCCAACAGAUCACAGUAGGCGAGUGCAUCGCUCUUUGCACAGCGCUGAAAACGGCAGCAACGUAGAAAACGUGGAAACCCAAAAUCGGAAGUUUUACAAAAGCUGGUGGUUCGAAAAUUUGUGCACCAUUCCUGCACACACAAAAAAAAACGUUGUCAGUGGUGUGUGCAUUGUGAUAUUGCUGCGAAAAGACACCUGUUAAAUUAUUGUGCUCAAAAAGAAUAGAAAAUUAAUUUCGUUUUCUAAGAAAAAAAAAUAUGCAAAUCGAAUACAAAAAGUGUACCAAAUUGUUUUCCGGCUGUGGCGUAGCGUCACUAUUGGGAGUGUUAAGCUAUGAAGCAUAUCGAACGUACGCAGCCCUUUCCUCGCUGGUCGACACACGUGUGCUAGAUAUUGACCGGAAGCGACCGGACUACAUCUACAUCAAGCAUCACAUCUACCGGCAGUCGUUGCGCGAGCGUGCCCUCGAUGCGGAGAAUCAACACCGGCUGCUAAAUAUCGUCGUACAGCCAUUCGAGAAAUGGUGGAAAGCGCUGAAGCAUUCCGUCGCCUGGAGGUUGCUCCGGAUCGCCCAGCAAGGCGACCAGUCCGAGCGGCUGAAAGCCAUCCAUCAGCUGGCCCAGAUCGAUCAUUUAAAAGAUUGGGAUUUUCAACAUUUGGCUCAGCUGUGCGAUCACCGGACAGCGAUUUCGCUAGCCCGGUCGAACUGUGACACCCGCUGGUUUCUGCCACCGCGACAGUACGGCGUCGAGAAGGAGAUGCGCGAGGUGCUGGUCGAUAUGAAAUCACUGCUGGAGCUGUUGUCACCGCACAAGUGUGCGGCUUACGCGCUCGAACAAACGUUCGGCAGCUCCGGCCACAUACGCGAACCGGACGGUGAUGAGGUGACGUACCAGAUGUCACCCUCCCGGUUCGAGUACGAUCAGCUAAAGCAGUCGCUCAGUGCCCUGAUCCAUCUGACUGGGCUGGUCGGUCCGGAAGGGAAGCAACACUGCCGCCGAAUAGUCGAUUCCGGUGGAUUGCUGAUGCUGCUCGAGGCGGAAAAAUUGUUCCGAGGUGAUAUUGAUAUGAAGCUGCUGAUUAGCCGGCUGGUGGGAAAUUUGUCCGCGUGCGAAGGUUUGGGGUACGAGUUUUAUGCGAGCGGUUGGAUUGGCAUUCUGGCGCGCUGGAAGCGUGAUGUCGAUAUGCGAAUGCAGGUAACGGCCGAUCUGACGCUCGAAAACCUCGACCAGGACGAUCCGAAUGGGUUCCGGUAUGCGCCGAAAGUAUAUCCACUGCAUCCGCGCGGUCGCCAACAAGCAAAACCAGCCGUCGAUGUGGUAUUCAUCCACGGAUUACUAGGUGGUGUAUUUGUCACCUGGCGUCAGAAGGAUCUCAAACCGCAAGCCGCCAGUCUACUAGGUAAGAAACAUAAAAACGUGCAUUUAGUGUCCACAUCGUCUUCCUCCACCAUUGACGUUGCACUGCAAACACCAUUGGACGAAUUACCAUUAACACAAACGAAAUGGACAAAUGCAAGCGAGGACCACAAUCGGCAAGGUCCUCCAGCUGCUUCUGCCCGCUGGUACAAAAGUUGGUCCGCCAAAAAAUCCUCCUUUGAGGAAGACACCGUGGAAGUAGAAGAGGGCAUUGCACCGUACAGAGAUGAGCUGCUUACGUUCCAGGAGUCAACCACAGCCGUACCACGGGAUGCGUCGAUCAGUGACACCGAAACCAAAGAGUUAAUAGAAGCACUGCAACAGGAAGAACCACUCGGUUCGGACUGGACCGUUGUCUAUCCGGAUGUGCCACUGAAGGCGGAUGAGGAUGUACGGGCGGGAAAAGCCUCCGCUACAGCUGACGGAACAGCCUGCAGUGUAUCGGGCGACCGUUGGCUACAGGAACCACUCGAAUCCGGGCCACGAUCGUUCUGCUGGCCGAUGGAAUGGCUACCGAAAGACUUCCCCAGCAUACGUGUGCUAGGGCUCGACUACGAUUCCUCCCUCUCGCAGUGGUCGGCGACGGGUUGUCCGUGUGAAAAGUACGACGGCAAGCUACAGAAACGGGCGGCAGAGUUCUUGGAAAAGCUUGCCACCUCAGACGUCGGUCAGGAUCGGCCCAUCAUCUGGGUGGGCCAUUCGAUGGGUGGGCUGCUAAUCAAGAGCAUCAUGGUGCAGGCACUGGAAAGUCCCAACCCUAAGGUACGUCGCCUUGCGGAGAAUUCACGCGUCGUCAUGUUUCUCGGUACGCCCCAUCGGGGCAGCGGUGUGGCGAAGCUGAAGCAGCACACAUCCGCCCUCGUAUGGCCCUCGGUAGAGGUGCAGGAGCUCGAGGAAAAUUCCACCCAGCUGUUGCAUCUAAACAAAACGUUCCUCCGUGCGGUCGAUGGGUUGGGGCCACGGAAGCCCGAAAUCAUCACCCUCUGCGAGGGUCGUGCAACCGUACUGACCUCGUUCAAGCUUGCCAUUCACGUCGUGCCGGAAAGCUCCGCCCGUAUCGAUGCGGGCGAUUUCUACCUCACCAGCGAGGAUCAUCUGAAUCUCAGCAAACCGAUUUGCCGGCAAUCGUUCCUUUACCAGCGGCUGGUCGGUGCCAUUCAGGAUGCUAUGCGCCAUAAUGGGGCGGAUAGUGUGAAGGUGCCAGUGGCCAAGGUGGCUACAAAUACCGCACACCAGCAGCAGCAGCAGCAGCAACAGCAUAUAUUCCACGGUACGAAGAAAAGCAGCAGCUCGGCAUCCGCACUGUCGGUACUUUACACGCAGCUGAAACAAUUUGAGCAGCUGAUGAAUGUGUUUAUCUAAACUGACUCGAAAGCUGAAGUUACCACACAACUCCCGUUCAACCGUUGACAACGACAUCGCAUUUGUUUCGAUGUAAUGAAGUGAUCUUUGCUUUAAGUUAUUUAAAAUUUGGUAAUUUACACGUAGCGCAAACACGUUUUGUAGUUUCGUUACUUAUUUAUUGUUUCUGCAUAGUUUAUCGAGCUGUUACGAAGCAUCGCGGAUAUUUACACCGAGAAAGUAUUUAAUAAUAAAAUGAAACUGAAAAAAAUGGAAA